AUGGAGAUGAAGAUGAGAGCCAGGGAGUCUGAUGGGGCGAGUGACGUCUUCGACCUUCGCAAGGUGAGCCACCAAUUUGAUCUCAAUCCAAGCGCGCACACGCCAGAGGGUCAGGCCUCAAGACCGACAGCCUCGUCGCACGUCCCGCCGCUACUGCGCCUCUGCUUCGACCUGGUCGUGCGCCACGUGAACCUGUGCGAGUCGCUGGCGGGCCUCCCCCCUCCGGCCCUCCGCAGCCUGUUCGCCCUGGCCCUACGACGCCACGUCAUCGACCGCCGACUGCUGCGUCUGGCUGCCGCCUCCGGCCUUCAGCAGCUCGACCCCGUCGACAUCGCCCUCGCCCUGGGCUUCACCCGCGAUGGCCUCAAGACAAUGAAGCAGCUGCAGAGUGCGACGUCGCUGGAUCUGUCGGGUCCGGGCAAGGCGGGCGACUGCCGCAACCUGGCGACCCUGCUGCCGGGCAUGGGCGCCUGCCUCCGGUCCCUCAACCUGGCCCACUACCCGCACAGCCUGGCCCUGGCCGACGUGCGGGCCAUCGCAGGCCUCACCGGCUUGGAGUCGCUGGACAUGAGCCACACGCCGCUCACAGACGCAUGGCUGAAGGAGAUCGCUGGAAUGACCCAUUUGACCUCGCUUCGGCUCCACUACUGUCGCGAGUUGCAGGGCGACGUGCCCGAGUUGGCCGGGAUGCAACUGACGCAUCUGGACAUGUCCGGCAACGUCAUUGGGCCGGCGCUGUCGCAUAUCGGGAAGAUCACCACGCUGAAGGCGCUCAACCUGUCGCUGUCGACCAUCACCAACACCAGCUGUCUCGCAGAGCUGAAGCAGUUGGAGGUACUCAACUUGUCCAACACGUCACUCGAAGAAAUCGAGCAUCUGUGUGGGCUCACCGGCCUGCGCCAGUUGGACUUGGCUCGAGCGGGUCCGCUCAUGAAGCGCCAGGCCCACCAUCUGACCCGUCUCACCAAUCUCACGCAUCUCAACGUGGCACAACUCCGCCUCAGCGCCGGCCUCAUCAAGGCUAUUGCGGAAAAGAAUCCGAAGUUGACGAAUUUGUGUAUCGAAGGGUCGGCAGUCAAGAGGAAGCACCUGGACCACCUUUUGGAUGUCCGCCCGAAUGCCUUCGUGGAGAGCCACCUCGUCCCGGUUGCGGGCUUGAUCGAUGCACUCCGCCGACACAAGCACAACCAGGGCAUCGUCACCCAGACCCUCCGCCUCCUCCAAGCCAAAGCCAGCCGCGAGGAAGAGCCACAGGUGUGGAGGCACACCCCGGGUGCCCCGACGCCUCCCGUCGAGGAGCGGCUCGCGACUCGCAAGACAGCGAAGCAGCACCGGCAAGCCCAGCAGAAGAGGGCCGUCCCUUACAACGUCAAUGAAUCGGGGCUGCCCUUUAAAAACUUGACUUCGGCGUUUGACGACGACGCGGUUGCGGCAGAGGUUGUGGACGCGCUCUAUGGGCUGCUCGGACCGCACCACCUCCACCUGGCCGUGCUCAACAAAGUCCUCGAACUCCUCCGGCACCUAGCGCGCAACGACCGGUAUGUGACGCUCCUGGCCGACGCGCGCUGGCUGGCCGCCUUCUACCACCUGCUGUGGACGCUGCCGCAACACACCCAGACCGUGCUCCAAACGCUGCGCCUGAUGCUGGACCACAUUCCCAAGGGGCGCGGUAACGUGCAGCUGGCCAAUACGGGUCUGCAGCCACUGCUGGCUGAGAUCAUCAGCCUGCACCCCGGCGAUGUGGGCAUCGUAGGCCAUGCACUCGAAAUCGCUUCGCGUUUCGGCUCGGGGGUGGGGCUGGAGAAGUGGCUGGCGCCCGAGAGGAUGGCGGCGCUGUUGCGGGCCAUGCGGGACCACCCGCGGCAGAUCACGGUUGUCGAGCCGGCCCUGCUGGUACUCACCCUGCUCGAAAACCGCGGCCACGGCCCCGCACUGGUUGCAGCCGGCGCCUUCCGCGCGCUGGCCCAGGCCGGCGCCAACUACCCCGCGGCCUUCGACGUCGCCCAGUGGACCCCGGAGAGCUGCGUCGUCGUCAACACCGCGACCCUCAUCGACCUCCUGCGCACACAUGCGGGGGUGGAGGUGCCUGAGGAGAGGGACACGAUGAAGAGACUGCGGGGGCUGUGGGCGACCCUCCAAGCGCGAGACACGGCGACGCCGACGACCACGACUGCCGCCGUGGCCGACAUCGACCGACAGCGCCAUGGGGAGGCCAAUCGCAACCGGAGGCAGAAGCGCAAGGCGAGAAAGUUCGCCCAGCAGCAGCGGACCCACUGA